UUUCCUCCUUUACUUUAGCAUUGCGGCCUCUGUUGAAGGGCACCUGUCUGAAUUGGUUUGCACAAGGGGUCGUGUGUUAAAGGACCAUCAACAACCCAUCAUGGGAGGACAUGAUGCAGGAAGCCAGCACCAGUUCACUGGACUUGCGAAGUACUUCAAUGCAUACACAAUCACUGGAAGGAGGAAUUGUGUCUUGGCCACAUAUGCUAGCCUAUUAGCAAUUGGUCUCUUCUUCAAAUUGAAGCCUAAGAAAAAAGCUGUCACAGACAAGUAAUUAUAUGUCGCUUGGAUCAUCAUUUCUAGCAGCUGGAGGUGGAGGAAGCAGCUGGUUAUGCUUGUAACAGUGAUUGUUUGGUUUCCUUGUGUUAAAAAUAAAGAACAUUUAUGGCCAAAAUA